GCGCAGCAUGACGGGAUAUGAGAAUCCUCCGGCGGCGCGCUGCCGCCAUGUCACCUAGAGAGAAACGUUUAGCGCUUAUUUCGUCUCUAGUCGUAGUUUUUCUGGCUCUUUAUUACAUCCCAGCCUUUUUUUACGUCACUUUAAUUCUUGCCGGUUUUUGUUUUGUGUGUUUUUGCCAUAGCGGAGAACCGCUUCCCGCCAGGUUAGGCCUCAAUCCGCGGGCUGGACUGAGGGACCCUGCUGCGCUCGGGCGGCGGUUGCUGGGUUGGGGGGUGACCGGCGUGUCGGUGGCCACACGGGGGAAAACGAAGAGUAGUGGCGACAGAGCCGAGCACCGGGAAACCGGGGGACGCUUCAGACAAAGGCCCGACGAAACUGGGAUUUAUCGCAAGGAGUCCUUGGCAAGUGACUCGUUUCUUUUUAGUCCUCGGGAUUUCCUCAUGGGUAGCUACAUCGGGAAACCCGAAAGCCCAGCCGCGGAGUUCGUGAGGCCGAGGGCAGGCAGAAAUCCCCGAGAGCAGCUGCGGGAAAAGCUUUCCAGACCCAACCAUGCCGUCUGCACUCCAAACCGGAGGCUGUCAUUCGCUGGGGAGCCUCCUGGCACAGUGGGCAGGUUCACCAUAACACCACAGCGCCACUACCCCCUGCAGCAGCCAGGUAUGUCUUCUGUGGGAAUCCUACCUCCUGUCAAGUGGGAUGGCUUCAGGAAGAAGAACAUCCUCAGUCCACUAAACUCACCAACUGCUCACAGUCCUGUCACUGUGAAGAUCGCCAGGCCCAUCCACAACACCCCCAGCUUUGACCACCUGGGCUGCGCUGGGCUCCCCAGGGCCCCUGCAGAUCCCUGCGCCAGAGAAAGUGUCCUCAGGGUGUUGAAAGAAAGCCGCAAGAGAGAAGUGGAGGAUGAGGACAGGAGCUUCAUGUGUGAGCAGAGGAGCAAACGAAGACGCAAUGACAGCAGUGGAAGUGCUCACUCUGCUUUUGAACCUCUUUUGCCCAAUGGUGCCCCAUCGCAGUUGGUCCCGAAGCCAGGAAGUCUGAAGAGAGGGAUGACCUCACUGGCAGAGGAGUCGAUCAUGAAGAGGUCUCGAACCUCCUCCAUUAGCUCCGGCAGUGCGAUCCACGCCCCCAGGGGAACCCCGGGGUCCAUGAGAAAUGCCAUCCUCAGCUCCUACAGUUCUUCACAAGGCUUUAGCCAGUGGAAAAAAACAUCAGCACACAGCUCCCCUCUCUCUAGCCCUGGAUCUUCUCGCUCUCAGACUCCAGAGGGAAUCUCCAAAAAGCCUAGAGAGGAUGACGGGCAGUCUCCCAGCUCGGCCUCCUCAGGGAGGUCAGACCAGGCGGCCUCUGUCAAGACACCUGUUACUUCUAAAUUGACCCCAGUCCCCAAGAUUCCUGUCACUGCGUCGACAGACUCGAUUGGUAGUGGUGGGAAGAGAAAAAGGAAAAUCCAGUUGGUGUCAAGCAACCGGGAUGAUCAAUUUUCUCUGCCUCCACCUUUGGAGCUUGGUUACAGCAUCACUGUGAAAGACCUGGAUGAAGAGAAAAAGGCUGCCAUUAGCAAGAUCCAGAAAGUAUUGGAGACACCUGCACCAGAGCCGGAGAAGACUGUCUCUCCUCCUGUUACCACUUCCACUCAGCCUGGCUCCUCUACCAGCUUCACCACCUCCAAAACCACCCUGAGCAGCCUUCUAGCAGCUCCUCUGCCGACAGCAUCCAGCUCUGCCACCCCAGUCAUCAACCUGGAUCCCAGCCCAAGCAUCAGUGUGAGUGCAGCACCCACAGCUUCCAACCCACUGCUGGAGGCUCUGAAGAUGAAGACCCACAUUCCUGCAAGCUCCACAUCUGCUGCCAGCACAACCACAGUGCCGGCGUCGACGACACCAAUGCAACCUAGUGGCUUUAACCUGAAAUCCACAACUGCAUUGGAUUCCCCACAGCCACCUCCCACCACCCAGUCCCAGUCCUCCACUGCCGCCUUUACUCAGGUUCUUGAUCAGGUCUUUAAGUCUUCCGGCAGCACCCCACCUGUAGCAGGAGCAGGCCUUUUUGGAUUGACCAGCCAGAGCAACACCCUCCCUGCAUCUAUAACCUCUGCCCCCGUCACUGGUACGACUGCAGCCGCCAGCAGCUCAGCGUCAGUCAGUAACACAAACCCUCUGCUGUCUUCAGGGUUCAAACCCCUCUUUCCUGUCACCGCCCCCUCAGCUACAUCAGCUCCAGAGACCAAACCUCCUGUCCAAGAUUUCAAGCCCAUUUUUGGAGGCGUCACUGCAGGGGCUGUUUUUGGACAGCCUGCAUCCCGCUCAACUACCAACCCAGCACCGGUUGUCUCCUCAAGUAGUACAUCCUCAAUGUUUGGUGCUCCAUCAAGCACCACCACAGCGGCCUCAUCUAUGUUUCCCAGCUUGACCAGCACCCUCACUGGAACAACCUCCACAAGCUCCCUCACCACGACCACCACCACACAGCCUGCAGCACAGCAGGGUGUGAAAUCCUUCUUUGGAAACUGGUCCACACCAUCCACCACAACAAGUACCAGCUCAGCCCCGGUGCAGGCCCCUAACACAGGGAGCACGUUUCAGUUUGGAGCUGUUACCACCACCACGACUGCUGCUACUGCUGCUGCAGCCGCUGUUGCUGCUGCUGCUGCAUCUGCUGCACCUGCCCUGGCUGCCUCUACCACAGCCUCCAGCAAUGGUACCUUUUCCUUUGGUGUCACACAGCCUGACCCUCAAGCUGCCAACAAGAAUGUUUUUGCUUUUGGUCAACCAGCAGCCAGCCAGAACGCAACCACGGUUUCAUUUGGUGGCUUUGCCAUGUCCAGUUCUGCACCCACCACUGCUACAGCCACCACUCAGCCCACUUUCGCAUUUGGAAAGCCAUCAUUUGAAGCGCCAGCAACACAGCCCACCUUUGGCUCCUCGGCAGCACAACCGAAGCCUUUCAACUUUGGAAGCGGUGCAGCAUCAUCCACACCUGCCUCGACCCCCGCCCCAGCUCCUUUUAAUUUUGGAGCUCCUGCUGCCACAACUGCAGCAAUGUUUGGGACCCCGGCUAAACCAGCAUUUGGAGCUGGUUCCACUGGCUUUGGUUUUGGUAACUCAGCCGCUCCCGCGGCUGCACCUUCAGCAGCACCUAGCUUUGGUGCAGCAGCCCAGACUCAGAACUCCUCCUCUGCUGCAUUCACAUUCGGUAGUGCCGCUCCUCAGCCAGCUUCCUCUGGCCCUCAGCCCGCUCCCAGUGGAUUUAACUUUGGUGGUGGUAUGCCAUGCCCUCAGUUUGGAACACCAGUCUCCAAUAAUCCUGCACCACACAUGGGAAACUUCAACUUUGGGGCUGCUGCUACUGACAAAUCAGCAUUUGGGACAUCGACCCCAUCCUUUGGCCAGAGUGCUGCUGUAGGUCCAAUUCCCUUUGGAAGUCCUGGAACUCCUGUCCAAGGCUUCAAUGCUGCUCCAUUUGGGUCUCCUGCGACUCCCUCCUUCUCCAUCGGUGCCGGAUCAAAGCCAUCUGGAGCACGCCAGAGGCUGCAGGCACGGAGACAACACAAUAGGAAGAAGUAGCAGCCUGCUACAUGUGUCCAUCAUCGCUUUCAGGGGACUUAAGCUGUUGCUGCUAUGGCUAACUGGGUGAAAACGGCUCUGUUUAAAGCUUGACAUCCCCAAACCAGGUCACCACCCUGCCCUCUGCUCCCCCCCACCUCCCUUACCCUCCCUUAUUGAAUGGGAUGUGCUGGCCCAAAACAUUGUGUUUGCAGAGGAGUUAGAAAGAGCACACCAGCUUGCCGAAUUCAUGCUGCCUGGACGACUACCCGACCCUGUGAGUGGAAUGUAGCAGUGAAAAGUUAGAAUCCAGAACAAUGUACAGUACUUGAAGCAAGAGGAGAGACCAUUGAGUCGUCUGAUUCCAAACAAAAGCAUAUCCAAAGUUCUUUUUCCUUUUUACAGUAUGAGGACACUCUCAUUGGUUCAUCGUGAGGAGAAAGUUGAGUCAGACAAAGACAUCGAGCCUUGGCUCAAACCUUUUUCUUUUUUUUUUUUUACAUGAAUAUUUGAGUACAUUCUGUCAAUGAAUCUGAGUAGUGUGAAAUGCACGGCUGAGUCAGAAAAAGUACACAACACUGCAGUGUAAAUUAUUUUUUUAAUUGGCUCUUGGACCCUGUAAAUGAAUGUGUGCGUGUGUCUGCACUAAAGGGCAACUUAGUAAAUGUCUUAAUGUAGUUAGUGAAGACCUUUUUGUGUUCUUGUUUCAUACUCUUUGUCAUUGCAAGCAUUCCUGGAGUCCUUUUGGACAACCUUGUUUUGGUAGUGAUUGCCAACACUGAUGUAAUUAAUAGGUCAGUAUGGGUUUGUGAUUGACUACUGUUGAUUUUUUGCUGUCAAACCAAAGCCAAUUCAAAUCCAUGCCUGUGAAAACAUUGUGUGACCUUUAUCCCAUCUUUCAAUUUUGAGAUGUUUGUUUUUGCCAGACUACCUCUCUUUACUCCCAGGCACUGAAUUCUUAGUCUUUGAAAAGUAACACAUCGGAUCGUGUUGACUAGAUCGAUGCAGCUUUACUUUUCACUUCUGUUAAUACAGGUUUAUCUUAAUAAAUACAACUUUCUUUCUUUUUUUACAUGUGCAAAACAACACAUUCUCCCCAUUUCAGAAUUGUCGCUGUCACAAGCGUACACUAGCGUACAAAGCAUUGAUGUAACAUCGAAUGCAAAAAAAAGAGGAAGAAAUACAUGCCAAUAAUUUUCACUAUGAUGCAGGGAUUUCUGUUGUCUUGAACGACUCUUAUUUGCACAAUGAAGCGACAAAUUCUGUCAAGAAAUACAAGCCCACUGAUGUCAGUAAUUUUAUCAGAAAUAUUUUCCAUGUAGAGAAACGAUCUCUUGUGAAAUGUGAGCAGUAGUUGAUGGAAGUUUUUCGUGGUUGAAUUUGAGUGAAUAAAACUUGAGUUUUGGAUAUGGAUGUUCCGGCAAGAACACA